GUCACCUUUGGACGGUUUCUGCAGGUGAUGUGGAGGUGCCCGUUGGUUUGUCCCCGUAACAUGAAAUUUCACAUUUCAACAAGUGGAGUCACUUCCUGCGGUUGAUUUGCACAGUCCUGCUGGUGGUCUCGCACCUGAGAAGAUGUUUGAUUUGAAGAAAGAGUGGAGCAUCUCCUUUGCGGGAUGCGGUUUUAUGGGGAUUUAUUACGUCGGUGUCGCCAGCUGUAUCCUGGAGCGGUUCCCUCGCUUCGUACAAGACGCCUCUAAAAUCUCUGGAGCGUCUGCAGGUGCUUUGAUGGCCACUGUUCUGAGUGUUGGAAUCCCCCUAGAGAAAUGCUGUGCUGAUUUGAUGUUCAUGACCAAAGAGGCCAGGAAGCACAAACUGGGACCCCUGCACCCUUCUUGUAACCUGCUGCGAAUAGUAAAGGACUCUCUGCUGGGGAGCCUUCCUGAAGACGCCCACAUUCGAGCCUCUGGGAAGCUCUGCGUGUCCCUGACCAGAGUGUGCGAUGGGAAGAACCUGCUAGUGUCGCAGUUUGACAGCAGAGAGGAGCUUGUUGAGGCCAUUAUAUGCAGCUGCUUCGUCCCUUUCUACUGUGGGGUUAUUCCCCCCACUUACCGCGGAGUGCAUUAUGUGGACGGCGCCAUCACUGACAACCUGCCUCGCUGUCACCUGAGAAACACAGUCACGAUCUCUGCGUAUGCCGGCGAGAGCGAUCUCUGCCCUCGAGCGAGCACGCUCAGCUUCCACGAGGUGCGUUUCAACAACGUGAGCAUCCAGGUCAACUCAGAGAACAUGUACAGAGUGACCAGCACCUUCUUCCCCCCGGAGGCUGAGACAAUGGCUGAAAUCUGCCACAAUGGCUACGCAGAUGGUCUCCGCUUCCUGCAAGAGAACAAUCUGAUCAGCAGCGAAUGUCCCAUGAGAAGUCUGGAGUUAGAUGCGCCCACACCUGCUUGUUGUGAUCUGUUGAAAGCUGAAGAUGAAAAGUCCAGUGAGAACACACAGCAGAAAGGACCUCAGGAGGAGCACUGGUGGCUGGAUCUGCAGCUCAUACAAAACCUCCCAGUCGACAUUAGAAAGGCGUUGUGUGAGGCCUGCAGAGAGACGCAUACUGCUGGAGGUCUGUUGUCCCACGUGACGCAGUACCUGCCAAAGAAAGUGACUUCUUACCUGCAGAUCCCCCGUGUGCUGCCCGUGGAGACGGCUCGCUCCCUCACCCAGAGACUUGUGGACUGGAUCCCAGAUGUACCAAAAGACAUCAACUGGCUUUAUGGCAUGGCUGGAGGCAUAUAUAAACAAGCUUGGAAGGACAAGGAGGAGGACUCCGACAGGGAGGCACCAGUGCGCCGAUCCACCAGCCUGCCAUCAGGCCUGGAUCUGUGGGAUCAGGAAGACGAGGACUCAAACACUCUUCCAAUGACCCCAGAGGCUACUCCCACCUCCAGUCUUACCUUCACCUGGAACACAAAUAGUGAGGUGCACCACAUGUCCCUGACUCCACCGCCUACGCCCACCUUCAGCCCCGCCUCUGGGUUUGGUGAAGCCGCCGCAGAGUCCCCUAAAAGUGUCGGUCGAGAUUGGGGUUUGGGCAGAGCUGUGGGGUGGAUCCGAAAUGUUUCGUCUGAGCAAACCUCAAACCUCAAGAAAACCGAUGAUUCAUUGUCUUGUCCUGCAUUCCAGUAAAUAUGUUUAACAUUGUACUGAAUGGGAAUAAAUUAAAAUGUUGAAUAAAGAAAACCUCCUGUGCUGUGC